AUGGCUGCCUGUGGAAGUCUCCAACAUAUCUUUGAAAACCCAUUAACUGAAAGCUCUACACUGCUUGAAUCCCUCUCACCAUGGAACCAAAUCAAGCCUGUAAAACCAAUGGAGCAAUCCUCCGUAACUGAAAUAUUCGGCGAGCUUCAUUUCCAAGAGAACCCGCAACCAUCUUCGUCGUCGUCUUCUUCCUCGAUAUUGGCAACUUCAUCAUCCUUCUCCUCUCCUUCAUCUUUCCUAGAUUCGAAUCUGGAAGCUGGAACAACGAGACUCAACAAGAACGAUGGCUUGGAGGUCAAGAAAAGCCAAUCGAUAUUGGACUGUGUCUCGAGCACCACGACAGAGAAUAACCAUCAGUACACAGGUUGUCACAGCAAUUGUGAUAGCUUUUCUCGAAUGAAUUAUGAGAGCUUGCAACUAUGCACCGAGGGACUUGGUUUUGAAAGUUCUGAUGAUGUUGAAGACUUGAAGAAUGAUACAAAUGAAGACUGGCGAUGCCAGGAGGAGAAUAUAAGAAUCACAAGGCAUUCGGCAACAGAGGAUCUCAGCAGGCCAAGAUCAGCUGGACGGGCAUUCCCUCCGCCAAUUUCCUGUAUCGGAAACAGUGGAAAGCCUAGGGUUAUCUUUAAAUCUUAUAGGCAGGAUGGUAGGUUCGUCCUUAAAGAAGUGAGGAUGCCCACCUUGGAGUUUUUGCGUGCAUGUAGAGAAGAUGGGAGGUUGACUCUGCAGUUUGUUCAUCCGACUGAUGAAACCAUUGAUGAAGUUGAAGACUAUGAAGACGAGGAAGAAGUUGAAGACUAUGAAGACGACCCAGAAGAAGAAUAUGACGGGGAAAAAGGCAACGAUGAUGAUGAUGGAUGA